UAAUUAAUGAAUAUGCACGACCCUGACGUCGCCCGGCCCCAUGCAUACAGCACGUACGUUCCCGCGCGCGAAUUUUCAACAUCUGAACAUGGCGAACAUGUACAUUUAUUAACAUGCUGAAUUAAAGAACAUGACACAGGCAGCAUGAGUGAAUUCAGGGUUCAUCAUCAAGUCAGCGAGCUCAUCAAGAUUCUUGGGCUUCCUGGAGGUGCAGGCCCAGAGCUCUAUGUUGACCUACUUUUGAAGAACAGAACGCCGUAUGUCACGACACAAGUGUCCGCUCACAGCGCCAAGCGCAAGAUAGCAGAAUUCACUCAGACACCUGUGGAGUUCCUCCAAAAAUAUGAUGAGUUGAAAUCCAAAAAUAAUCGAGAUCUGGAUGCUUUUGUCUACCUUCUCUCCAAGUUGUCUGAAGACAAAGACACGGUGGCUGUCUUGCAGCAAAAUGCCGUGGCUUUGCAGAUGCCCAUGGACAAAGUCGUUUUGCCUGCCUCUGGCUCCAAGAUGUCGGAGCAGGAGGUGUCUGAGUUGCGAAACCAGCUAUUAAGCGUGGCCAGCAGCGGAGCAACCAGCCAGGCAUCGGAAGUCUUCAAGAAAAUGAUGCGAGAGAAACAGUCCCGGAAGAACUUAUCUUUGAAACUCCCUGAGUUGUCCUCGUGGGUCCUCGAAAGGCCUAACCUGACAGGGGACUUUGUGACAAGUCCAGGGACAUCUGAGCCAGCUGUAGCUCUGGGGACGCUGCCCCUUGGGGUACAGGAAUUGGCUAUCGUCCAGGACCUCCUAAUGGUUAUGACUGGCACUGAAGGAAAGUACACCUUACUCCGUCCACCCCAGGACCAAUCCUUAGGCCGCACAUUUGUUGUUGACCAAUCGCUGGACAUCUCGUUGCGCGAGGUGGCCAAUCGAAUCCUUCCAGUCUGCACCAUGUACUCCGCCGUGGUGCGGUUCAUCGAAGACAAGUUAUCCUUUGAGUACGGCGUGGUCAACCACGCCCUGUGUGGGGCCAUGAAGACUCUAAUAAAAGAGUAUUCCAUCUUGACAGCACAGCUAGAGCAUCAGUUCAGACAGGGCCAGCUUCCACUGCAGCGAUUUUGGUUCUACAUCCAGCCCUGCAAACAGACCAUGGAAAUCUUGGCCUCCAUCGCCCAGGCCAUAGACCGUGGGGCAUCCACUGGGGGCGCUGUGCUCAGCUUACUUCAUGAAAGGACGGCCGCUAUGAUAGGUGACACGAGAGCCCAGAACCUUUGUCUGUUCUUGACGCAGUCGGCUUGUGCACCAUACUUUGAGAUUCUGGAGAAGUGGAUCUACAAAGGGAUAAUUAAGGAUCCUUACUGUGAGUUCAUGAUUGAGGAGCAUGAGGCCUUGCGCAAGGAGAAACUGCAGCAGGAAUACAAUGAUGCCUACUGGGAGCAGCACUACACAAUCUGCCGGGACAGGAUACCCGUCUUCCUGGAGGCGGUGGCCGACAAGAUCCUUCGGACAGGAAAAUACCUCAAUGUCAUCAGGGAAUGUGGUCGUGAUCCCAAAUGCCCUCAUGCGGAGGAGAUACUGUACACAUUGAAGGAGCGACAGUACGUUGAGCACAUUGAACGCGCCUAUCAGUAUGCAAGCAAGGUGUUACUAGAUCACAUUUUGGACGACAGAGAACUCAUGCCAAGGCUCAGGUCCAUCAAAAGAUACUUUUUGCUGGAGCAAGGAGAUUUCUUUGUCCAUCUGAUGGACAUCACCACGGAGGAGAUGAAGAAGCAAGUGGAUGAGAUCAUCCCAAGCAGACUGGAAUCACUGCUGGAGCUGGCCUUACGCACUAGCCAGGCUAAAUCGGACACGUUCAAAGAUGACCUCAGGGUGGCAUUGCUUCCCUAUGAUCUCAUCACGCAGUUGCUGAGAAUAAUAUCCAUCAAGUCGAGAGUUGAAAAAUCAAUCAUUCAGGAGAUUGACCCGACUGAAAUCCACAUCUCUUGUCUGGAGGCCUUCUCUUUUGAUUACGUUGUCCGCUGGCCCGAGUCACUCAUUCUCAGUAGAAAGGCUUUGACACGCUACCAGAUUCUCUUCAGACAUCUAUAUUACUGCAAGCACGUGGAAAGGAUCUUGUGCAACCUGUGGGUCUUGAAUAAGGCUGCUAAGCAGUACACCCUUCACUCCUCCAAGUGGUACGCUGCCGCCUUUGCUCUGCGUCAGAGAAUGCUUCACCUGGUCCAGAAUCUACAGUACUACAUGAUGUUUGAGGUCAUUGAACCCAACUGGCAGAUAAUGGAAACUAAACUGAAACAGGUGUCAACCAUUGAUGACGUGCUUGAUAUCCACACUGACUUUUUGAACAUGUGUCUGAAGGACUGUAUGCUGACAGACCCUGAAUUACUGAAGAUUGUCAGCAAACUCAUGCUGGUCUGUGUCACAUUUGCCAACUGCAUACAGCGGAUGACAGAGACAAUGAAUGUGGAAGGGGAGGCAAGUUUCCGCGUUGAUACAACGGAUGCCAAAACAAAAGACAAGGACAGAGCGGAGAGCAAGAAAUACAAGACUGCGACCAAGGUGGCGUCAGAGCAUGUGGACCAACUGAUUGGCAGCGAGGAGUUCGCCAGCACCAUCGACAACUUUGACAGCAACUUCUCCACCCUGUUGGUGGGCCUGCUGGACCAGCUGAGCCUGUUCAGCACCACAGACUGCGAGCACAACAUGACCAACAUCAUCCACAGGCUGGACUUCAACGGGUUUUACACGGAGGGAUUGGAGAGGGUUGCCGCUGAAAGGCGGAGCAAGGAAUACCAGGAGGAGGGACAGGACCAAGGGGCAUCAGGUAGUUCUCUGACCAGCGUCUCAAGUCUGUCGUCCAGGGCAAGAUCAGAUUCAGCAGGCGGCAGUCAGAAGCCAGGGGGUAAAGGAACGUAGCAGAGAAGAGAUGUCAGUACCAAUCCCCCCCCCCAAAAAAAAAAUGGACGAACAAAACCAUUAUGAAGGUGAUGCUGAUUGCUGAUCCACCAUGCUGGACAUUAUUCUCAGAGUUUUCAAUUUCCAAUAACUAAUGCAUACAUGUACAUGGACAAAUUUACUGAGCCAGAGUCCAAACGACUUCUUAAGAGUUUAAAUGAGCAGAAAAAGUUUCUUGGAACUGAGACUCGGCAACUAUUUGUACCAUUAGUUAUGCAGCCUCAUAUACAUGUAAUAGACCUUGAGAGUCCAAAACUAUAUGUCAAUCUAACUUCACACACACCCCCCCUCAGGGGGUUUGGACUUUUGACAUUUUUCUGAGAUAAACGAGUAGGCAUCGUUCACACACAUAAAAUUAGGUAGGGGCGCAGGCACUUUAGGGGAAAAAAGCAAAAAAGGGAUUUAUCUGAAUAUUUGUCAAUUUGGAUGGAAGCUUAAGUGAUAUAGUCUUGAAAAUUUCCAUUCACAUUUUGUGACUUCAUGGCCUAUGCAAAUGUAAGUAGGACUGUAAAUAUUUGUUGAUGCUCUUAACAUUUUUGUCCUUAAAGGGGCAAUCGUGACCUGGAUUUUUUUCUCUAGAUCAGUACAGCACUUUCCCUAGUUCUCCCAUGAAAUACAGUCUUUUCAGACUGUGUGACAAGUACAUGUAUGAAUGUCUUCCUAGUGAGCAGAAAAUUUACAGAAAUCUAAUUUUCAUGACAGCAGACAUUAAAAUGUAAUUGUUAUGUCAGGGGAUGUUAGUUUCAUAUUUGGUGUUCUACACUUUACCCAUGUACAUGUAUAGACACUGUACACAAAGUGUUGUCUGAAAGUUCGGAAAAACAACAAACAUCACAAGUUUACUCAGGUGAGACUCAAAACCCACGAUCAGCUUACUGGUGCAGACAUACCAGUAGACCACUGAGCUUGCCGGGGCCGAUUGGUCAGAUCACGUAACAUUAAGAUGUAAUUUUUUUGUGUUAGGGAGACAUUGAGUUUAGGUGUUUUGCACAAUUCAACUUGCUGGUUUUCGUUAUUGUUAGAGUUUUACUUGCCAGUACAUUUCUGUCUAUGUUUCCGUGAUGACUCGAUAAUACACCAAUCUUUGAUAACUGUGUAAUCAUAUUUACAAUUGAGAUACAUUCUAUGGAAUGAUUCAUGGAUGGAGUGCAAAUACAAGAUGCCUGCAACAAUUAUAUUACCUCUAUAUUGACAUUAUAAAGUCCUCAUGAAUGAAGCGUGCAUGAAACGACCAAAAAUGCAGCUGCCAGUCACCAAUGCCACCAAAUGGUUAAAUUUGGCCAUAAUCCCAAGCACAGUGGUGAGAAAACUAAGUACAUUCAUAUUCUGUAUUUUGCUAAAACCUUGGCUACUCUUUAAAGCUGAAAAUGUGAUAAACAUCAUUAAAAUCCUUUUCUUAUUACUUGACCUAAUAUCCAGUUUUCAUUAUAAGUAAAUUUACAAGCACGUUCAUGUAGGCAUCGCAGCAUAUCUGAUCUGAAUAAACUUUUGUGCAGUUUCUAGUAUGUUGUGUUUGCCCUAUUGCGUUUU